CGAAAAAUGUCUGGACGAGGGAAAACCGGAGGAAAAGCCAGAGCGAAGGCCAAGACUCGCUCCUCCCGUGCUGGGCUCCAGUUCCCGGUCGGCCGUGUUCACAGGCUGCUCCGCAAAGGAAACUACGCUCAGCGUGUAGGAGCCGGCGCCCCCGUCUACCUGGCGGCUGUGCUGGAGUACCUGACCGCUGAGAUCCUGGAGCUGGCUGGAAACGCUGCCCGCGACAACAAGAAGACCCGUAUCAUCCCCCGUCACCUGCAGCUGGCUGUCCGCAACGACGAGGAGCUUAACAAGCUGCUGGGCGGAGUGACCAUCGCUCAGGGCGGCGUGCUGCCCAACAUCCAGGCCGUCCUGCUGCCCAAAAAGACCGAGAAGCCCGCUAAGAAGUAAACUCCUGGAACCGGGUUCCACCGAACCAACAACGGCUCUUUUAAGAGCCACACACCUCUAACUAAGGAGCACUCCUUAUUUGUCGGUCUAUAUAUUCGUUCAUCUAUGGGGUUUUUUGUUUGUGCGUUAGUUGUUUUUGUUGCGACAUCAGUUUCGUAGGUGACAUUUGACAAAGGUCUUGAAUCUUACAAU